UGACGUCUUUGUUUUAGUACGCAUGCCUAGUCUCUAGAAUGGAGGAUGAGCAGCGACGGAUUAGCGAUUGCUGUGCGUCAUUACAUGAACACAUUCAAAAGUGGAAGAAGCUUAAUGCAAGUGGCGUUCGAGUUGCCAACGAUCUCAUUAAUUUGAAACUACAAACAGAUUAUGUAGAUGGAGCUGAGAGUUGGGGUAGUCUGAGUAACGUGAAAGACUUACCAGGUCGGGUGAUAGCGAAGCUGCAGGACGACGUGGAAAAGAAAUAUGAAGAGUUGAAAAUUAUAUUUGAAGCUUUGAGAGAAGUCCACCAAAAAAUGGGAUCUCUUUCUAGAAAUGUGCGUGCAGUCAGCCAACUGAUGUGGAUUAGUAAUGGAGAAGAGGCAUCAAGCAAGCCUCUUUUUCAUACAAUGACUGCUUGUCAAUUUAGCAAGAGAUUUGAGCAGCUUUAUGACAUAUAUACUCAUGAGCUAGCAGUAAAAGAGACGAUUAUUGGUGCAAUUCCAGAUGAACAGAAUAGAGACACUUUAACCUUAUAUAUUUCAACGUGGCUUCAUGAACCGUAUAUAGACGAGUCCUCGAUUAUAUUGUUGGAAUCAAUGUUGAUAGAGACAGGCUUGAAAAAGACCUAAUAAGUUGUACUAACAAUCCAUUGUGCUCUACAUGUAUAUAGAUGUCUGAAUGGGUUAGUAAAGACGCACACCUGA